AUGUCAGUCGAAACAACUUAUCAAAAAAAGACACAACUUGAACAUAUUUUAUUGAGACCAGAUACUUACGUAGGUUCCAAUGAAUACCAAGAUGAAUAAAUGUGGGUUCUAGCAGAUGACGGAUCAUCUUUUGAAAACAGACAAAUAAAGUAUGUCCCAGCUCUUUAUAAAAUCUUUGAUGAAAUUCUUGUCAACGCAGCUGAUAACUAUUAGAGAGAUAAGAGAAUGAAAAGAUUAGAUGUAAUUAUUGAUCAAAAGAACAAUUGUAUUUCAAUCCUAAACGACGGAAAAGGAAUUCCUGUUUAGAUUCAUAAAGAAUAUAAUAUUUAUGUUCCAGAACUUAUUUUUGGACAUCUUUUGACUUCUUCAAAUUAUAAUGACGAAGAAAAAAAAGUUGUAGGAGGUAGAAAUGGUUUUGGUGCAAAGCUUACCAAUAUAUUUUCAACUAAGUUUAUUGUAGAAUCAGCAGACUCUAAAAACAAAAAGAAAUUUUAAAUGACUUGGACAAAAAACAUGUCUGAAUAAUCUGAACCACAAAUAUCAAGUUAUACCGAAAGCGACUACACAAAAAUCACUUUUUACCCUGACUUAAAGAAAUUCCACAUGAAAGAACUAGAAAAGGAUAUUGUUGACUUGAUGAAAAAAAGAGUAUAUGAUAUGGCUGGUGUCAUUGGCGGCUCUGUUAAAGUAUCAUUAAAUGGAGAAAGAAUUUCAAUAAGUUCAUUCUCUGAUUAUUGCGAUUUUUAUUUAAAGAACCAAGGUGCAGAAGUAAUUAAGGUAUCAGAUAAUAAAGGUACCAAUAAUUAAAGAUGGGAAGUUAUAGCAAGUUUAUCAGAGGGCUAAUUCUAAUAAGUUUCAUUUGUUAAUUCAAUUUGCACCUCAAAGGGAGGUACUCAUGUUAACUACAUAACUGACUAAAUCACUGAAAAAUUGAUGGAAACUUUGAAAAAAAAGGAGAAAAGUCUUAACAUUAAGUAAUUUUAGGUUAAGAGUCAUUUAUGGAUUUUCGUUAAUUGCUUGAUUGAGAAUCCCUCUUUCGAUACUUAAACUAAAGAAACACUAACUUUAAGAUAAUAAAGCUUCGGUUCAACCUGUGAAGUUUCUGAAAAGUUUAUCAAAGAACUCUUAAAAUCAAAUAUUAUUAAUCAUAUCCUCCUUUAAGCUAGAGCUAAAGAGUAAGCAAAGAUGGCUAAAACUUUGUCUGCUAAAAAGCAAAGUAGAUUAUUAGGAGUUCCUAAGCUGGAAGAUGCAAACGAUGCAGGUACAAGAAACGCUGAAAGCUGUACACUAAUUAUAACAGAAGGUGAUUCUGCCAAAGCUUUAGCUAUGAGUGGUAUUGAAGUUGUUGGAAGAGAUAAAUUUGGUGUCUUCCCAUUAAAGGGUAAAAUGUUAAAUGUAAGAGAUUCUACAAGCAAGCAAAUUACAGAAAAUUUAGAAAUCUAAAAUAUCAUCAAGGUAAUGGGUAUGAAGCUAAAUACAAACUAUGAUAAUGUUAAAAGUUUGAGAUAUGGAUCAAUUAUGAUUAUGGCUGAUUAAGAUCACGAUGGUUCCCAUAUCAAAGGUUUAUUCAUUAACUUUAUAUAGAAUUUUUGGCCCAGCUUGUUCUAAAUGGAUGGUUUUCUUAAAGAAUUUAUUACACCAAUCGUGAAAGUUAGAAAAGGUAAUUAAUCAAUAAGCUUCUUUAGUAUUCAAGACUUUAAAAGAUGGAAAAGCACAUGCCCAAACUAGCAUUUAUGGAAAAUUAAGUAUUACAAAGGUCUUGGUACUUCAACCGAUUAAGAAGCCUAAGAAUAUUUUGGAAAUAUAAACAAGCAUGUCAUUAGUUUUAAAUACAAUGGUAAGGAUGAUGAAGAUGCUAUUGAUUUGGCUUUUAAUAAGAAGAGAGCUGAAGACCGUAAAAAAUGGUUAGUUAAAUAUGACCCAGAAGAAAAUGUUGACCACUCAUAAAAACAUUUGACAUACAAAGAUUUUGUUAAUAAGGAGCUAAUUAAUUUUUCUAAUUCUGAUAAUGCAAGAUCUAUUCCCAGCCUUUGUGAUGGUUUAAAGCCUGGUUAAAGAAAAAUUCUUUUUGCAUGCUUUAAGAGAAACUUGAAGAAUGAAAUUAAAGUAGCUUAGUUAUCUGGUUAUGUAGCUGAACACUCCGCUUAUCACCAUGGUGAAUAAUCUUUAGAAUCUACCAUUGUAGGUAUGGCUUAGAGUUUCGUUGGUACAAAUAACAUCAAUUACCUCAUGCCUAUAGGUCAAUUCGGUUCUCGUAACAUGGGAGGAAAGGAAGCUGCAUCUGCAAGAUAUAUCCAUACUUGCUUAAAUAAAAUUACUCGUUGUGUUUUCCCUGAGCCAGACGAUCAUAUUCUCUACUACCUUGAAGAUGAAGGAUAAUAGGUAGAACCUAUUUAUUACCUUCCUAUCAUCCCUACAGCUCUUUUAAAUGGUGCUGAUGGUAUCGGUACAGGUUGGUCUACUAGUAUUCCUUGCUAUAACCCAAGAGAAUUAGUUGAUUCAAUUGAAAAAAGAAUGAUGGGAGUUCCCUUUACUGAUUUAUUGCCAUGGUACAAAGGUUUCACUGGUGAAAUUUCUAAUAACGAAAAAUCUUAAAUUACUGUUAGUGGAAAGUACCAUUUAGUAAAUGAAACAACAAUAGAAAUUACUGAAUUACCUAUUAAGAAAUGGAUUAGAGAUUAUAAGAACUUUUUAGAAGAGAAAUUAGAAUCUACUAAAGAUAAGGAUCCCGAAAUUGAAGAUAUUAAGGAAUAUCAUGCUGGUAAUAGAGUGCAUUUUGUAGUUAAAAUGAGCGAAAAGCAAAUGGAAAAAGUAUAAAGGGAAGGUAUUGACAAAUACUUCAAAUUAUAAUCAACUAUUCCUACUACAAACAUGGUUUUAUUCAAUCAUGAAGGAAAACUUACUAGAUAUGCUAAUAUUUGCGAAAUUAUGGAAGAGUUUUAUGAAGUUAGAUUAAAUGCAUAUAAAAGGAGAAAGGAAUAUUUGGUCUCUAAAAUCGAACGUGAUUUAGAAAUUCUUUCUAAUAAAAAAAGAUUCAUUUUAGCUGUCAUAAAUGAAUCUAUUAGAGUAAGAAACGCUAAGAGAAAAGACUUGAUCAAAGAACUAAGCGUCUAAGGUUACGUCUAAAUGAAAGAUAUGCCAAAAAUUAAAUCAAGUAAGCUUACAAGCUAACUUGAAUAAGAAUAAAAUUAAGAUAGUAAUGAAGAAAAUUUUGAAACUAAUCCUAAUGAGAUUAAUGCUAAAGAGUAUAACUAUCUCCUUAGUUUGCCUAUGUGGAGCUUGACUUAUGAAAAAGUUGAAGAGAUAAAGUAAGAAUAAAAAAAUAAGUAGGACGAGUUAGACAAGCUUGUUGCUACUGAAGUUAUUGAUAUUUGGAAAGAAGAUCUUAAAAACUUCAUUGAAUGCCUUGAUUAAAUUGAGGAAGAAGAAGAUGAAGAAAUGCGUAAAAGAAUGAAGAAACAAAGCAACUCUAAAGUUAAAUAAGGCAGUACAGCUAGUUCUAAGUUAAAGAAAAAACCAACCAAGAAGAAAUAAGAUAGUGACGAUGAUGACGAUGAUGCCAUGGAUAUAGAGGAAGAUGGAGAUGGAUCAGAUUUUGAUACAGGCAAGAAAAAAUAGAAGAAAAAACCUUCAUCAGCUCCUUCUUCAUAAGCAGGACCUAAGGGAAAGAUCGGUGAUUAUAAACCUAAUUUGUCUUAAGAUACAGGAAUAAGCAGUAAAACAAAUAAAAAUAAUUAAAAUACUCUCGGGUUUAUCAAAUAGUAAGCUCCAAUUACUACUUAAGUUAAGACUCAACCAGAAGUCAAAAAACCAGUAGAUCCUUUGCUUGAAACUUUAGAAAAAUAUACUUUCAAGAAAGAAAAUACUUAAACAUAAAAAGAAGAAAAUAAUACAUAAAAUUCAGUUAUAUCUUAAAUACUUUCAUAAAACUAUUCUCUAUCACUUGAAGAGAGACUUAAAUUGAGGGCAGGGGAAAACUCAUAAAAUUUGACUCAAUAAACAAAUGGAUUUUCCUAAUAAGUAAAUACAUAAUAAGACUAUAAUAACUUGGGCAAUAAAGAUGAAGAAGAAGAAGAUGACCUUCUCUUUAACUUCAAAAAAGAAAAGAAAGAGAAAUAAUCAACUGAUAUUUUUGAUGAAUUAGAUGAUCUUGAUGCACUUUUUAAUGAAAAACGCUAAGGAGCAGACCUCGAAAAUGAAGAAGAGUAGCUGACCAAAAAAAGAGUUCUGAAUGAAGGAGAACCAAAAAGUAUAGCUUAAAAUAAAAAAUAAACAAAAGAAAUAAAUGAUGAAGAUCUUGAAUAUAAUUUGUUUAAGGAUGAAAAGCCAAAGUAAAAAAAGCCUCCUGCUACUGCUGCUUCAAAAUCAAAGAAAGUGAUAAAUAAAAAUGAAGAUGAUGAUGAAGACUUUAAUGAUGAUUUAUCAGAAGAUGAAAAACCAAAGAAGAAAAGGUCCAAUUAAACUUAAUCAAAAACCAAAAAAUAGAAAAAUGAAAGUGAAGAUGAAGAUUUUAAUAGCAAAGAAUCUGAUGAAAAACCUAAAUAAAGAAAAUCUAAUUCUAACUCAUAAAAAGCAAGGAAACCUAAGAAAAUGAGUGAUGAUGAGGGAGAAGAAGAUGAUGAUUUUAUCAUACCUGAUGAGGAUUCUGAUGAAGAAAAACCUAAGAAGAGAAAGAGUAAUGCAACAAAACCUAAAAAUAAUAAAGAAGAUAAAGAUAAUCAAAAGUCUAAAAAAAAUAGAACCGAUUCACCAAAACUUAAAAUAACAAAUUCAGAAGAUGAAGAUGUUGCUGAAUUAAAGCAAAAUGAAGUUUUAUAAACCAGAACAAGAGGUAAAAGAAACCCAAUUCCUCGUAAAAUGAUCAUUGAUAAUUCUGAUGAAGAUUUCAGUGAAGAGGAAGAAUUUGGAAAUAGCAAAAAGAAAUCAGUAAAUAGUAAAAGCCAAAAAAAAUAAAAAGACGAUGAAUCAUCGGAUGAAUGCUAUUUCUGA